UAGAAGAACGUUCCAUUAAGUAAGGUUUCGUUUCUUUUUCGUGGUAGAACUUAUACCAUUGUAUAUAUUUAUUGGACUUACACACACCUAAAGACAUAUUCAGUGGGAAAGGGUAUUUCGUAUUUUGUAAACAUCGAACGGAGAUCAAAAUGACUGGUGGAACCACCACUGAAAAGUCAGCCAACAACCCCUUAGAACAGUUCGUAUUGCUUGCAAAAACUGCUAAAGGGGCAGCUGCUAUGGAACUGAUAAAGCAAGCUGUAGAAACACCAGGUGUUAAUGUCUUUGGGGAAUUAUUAGAUAUGCCCAAUAUCAAAGAGUUAGAGAAUGGACCUUAUGUUCAAUAUUGGAACACGUUGAACUUAUUUGCUUAUGGUACCUACAAAGAAUACUUGGAGAAUAAAGAUAAGGUUUUAGAGUUGACUCCCAUACAGAAGAAGAAGCUCCAACAUUUAACAAUUGUAACACUUGCCACAAAGUCCAGAUGUAUACCAUAUUCUGUACUCCUGGAGGAGCUAGAUAUAAAGAAUGUUAGAGAUUUAGAGGAUUUAAUAAUUGAAGCUGUCUAUGCAGACAUCAUACACGGCAAAUUAGAUCAAAAGAAUUCGCAGUUAGAAGUAGAUUAUGCUGGUUUAGGACGAGAUGUUAGACCAGGUGAUACCGGAGUAGUAGCAGAAACAUUAGCUUCAUGGGGUCAAGCUUGUGAUACAGUGCUAGUGUGUAUCGAAGAACAAGUUACCCGAGCCAAUCUUGAAAAACAGAAAGCCACCAAUCAUAAGGAAAGAAUACAGCGAGAUAUUGCCAAUAUAAAGAAGUUACUUGCUGCACAAACCGGUAGUGGUGGAGUACAGGAUGCUGAUAUGGCUGGAGGUAGUCCAGGGACAGGAGGAAGUGAAUCGAAUAGAGAAGCUUUAUCAGUUCCGCCAGAUCUAAAAAAGAAGCAGUUAAAGAUCAAAUGUAUGAAAGGCAGUGGAUCCACAAACCCGGUAAAGCACCACGAACUGAACGAUGAUCAGAAAUGAGAAACUCAUCUUACGGCGUAUCAACAACUCGGUCGGAUCGUUCUGUCUCUUUCACGUUUCUGGUAUUGACGAG